AUGAACCAGAAGGGACCGCCGCACGAUCGUAGUCGUCUACUUCAGCCACCGAAUUCGUUGGUUGCCACGCCACUCCCCCCUGCCGAGAGGCGAGUGGAACUCCUCAGCCCUCGGCCGACUGUCAUCACCAGGCUUCGUGAGAGAAGAAGAAGAAGAAGAAGACCAGGCUUCGUGAGAGAAGAAGAAGAAGAAGAAGAAGAAGAAGAAGAAGAAGAAGAUAGGAAGGGAGAGAUAUAUGUUUCGCAUAAGGAUUCAUGUUGGCGACUUGAAUUAUGUGGAAUGGAGGAUUCCAAUAGUGAUGAUGCUCACUCCGACUCUAGGAACGAGUCGAUUCAUUCUCAGGAAGAUUGUCAAAAGGGCGGGCGCGGAGCAACACGAUUGCCACAUUUAAUGCUUCAAAGCGGGAAUAACAAGUUGAAAAUAUCAUUUGAUUAUGGAAGUUAUACCUCAGAGGAGGCUAAAACUAUUGGUGACAAGAUUGUGAAAGAAGAAGUUGCAGAGCAGGUAAAAGGUGAGGUGAUGAAGAUGAUGCAACUUGGUUCUCAGCCACACAUUUCAACUAGCUCUCCAGUAAUCCUGAGCACGAAAGGAAGUGGCGCUCCAGCUUCGGAUGAUUCUUUCCAACAAAAGCAAAUGGAUCCAAAACCUAAGACGGAUGUGAUCAGAACUAAUAUGCAAUGGGAUUUUCAAAGGAACCUACAAAAGGAUGAGUACACCAUAAAACUCUCUCACAACACUCCAUCUGAACACACAUCCAGUGAUAUCGAAACAAACGUGAAUUAG